GAAUCUUACUAAUCAUGCCUUUACAGACACCUGUCAACCAGUUCAUGGUUGCAGACAACACCGAAACGGCAGGUUGUCAACAGGCAGUGAGAAAUAUAUGUGAGCUCAUCGAAACCAAUCAAGUUACGCUUCUAGAGUUCAUUCGUGGUCUAGGUACACAUCUCACGGAUGAUUCCAACGUUAUCAGGACCAGAGCCAUCACCCUUCUCAGUUCUGUUUUGGGCAACCUAAACAGGAAAAAGAUGUAUGCCAAAGACGUCCAGGUGCUGCUGGAUUUUUAUUUGUCGAAGCUUGAUGACGAGCCUUGCUUGAGAGAAGUGCUCAAGGGUCUGAGCUCGCUUGUUUUGAUGAGCCAAUUCGAUCCUAACUUAAUCCCUCACCUACUAGGCUUCCUGGUGGAAAAAUACUCCCCAUUGGGCAAGUUAGCUAGCGUAAGGUACUUUGGAUUUGAGGUUUUGGAUUCUGUGCUGUCUGCCCACUUGGCAGCGGCAAAACAAUACAACGAUGAAAUUAUAAAAACAUACUUGCACGUUUCCAAGAAUGAAAAGGACCCCAAAAAUUUGCUGCUGUCGUUCAAGUUGUCAGCGCUGAUUGCACAGAAUUUCGACAUCAGUAAGUUCUCUGAGGAUAUGUUUGAUGCCGUGUUCUGCUAUUUCCCUAUCUCUUUCAGGGCCCCAGCGAACGACCCGUAUAAAAUCACUGGAGACCAGCUUAAACAGACACUCCGCAACUGUCUCAGUGCCAGCGACCUCUAUGCCAAAGACGCGUUUCCCAAUCUACUUGAGAAGCUCUCGGCUACCUCUCCAACUGUCAAACUUGACGUUCUUGUGACACUUAAUCAAUGCGUCGAGAAAUACUCAACAGCAACAGUGGAAGAAUACUGGAUCACAUUGUGGAAUUCCCUCAAAUACGAGAUUUUACAUAACGAGCUUGCUUCUGUUGAGACACUGACACAGUUGUUCACGUACUAUGAGAACUCAGAAAAUGAAGAUGAACGGAUCAUUCCUGCAGUCUUGAAGAUCUUCCAAUCGUUGAGCAAGAAAUUGCAAAACGUGGACGAGGAUCUAAACAUCAAGGAUUAUCUUUAUGUGAUAAUGGACGAGCUGGCGAAGAAUAUCAAGAAUCACGAUGAUAAUAAGUCCAAGCAGUCCACGGUAAUUUUAGCUGCUAUAUGCGCGGCUAAUAUCAAUGUUUACAAUCUGCUUAUUCCCCAAGUGAUGCCCCUUCUAUUGGUAUCGGAUGAUUUGACAAUCAAAACCCAAAGACAAAUAUUGACAAACGUCUCUUUCAUGAUUGACAGCUAUUAUAUUCUCUUCAACGAGAAAGAAGAAUCAAUUCACCCCAACAAUCCAAUGUAUGAGUUUAAAGACGAUCUUCUGAUGCUAUUCAAUAAAGCUUUAUUGUCGACAUCGAAGGUUGAGGUGUCACUCAGAUGUUUAGCCGUGAAACUUGUGGCCAAGGUCGUCUCACUGAAUUUCUUCCUUGCCGAUCAGGAAGCUCAAUUGAUCACUCAACUUGUGACAGAUGUUCUCCUAGAAGAUGACAACAGUGUGACGGAAAAACAAAUACUUCAGUGCUUCAAGUCGUUAUCCGUAAGCUACCCAUCAGCCGUGCUUGAGAUAACUGUUCCAAAGUUAUUCUCGUUCCUUCCAGAAGACGACACGGAUUUGGAUCUAUUAAACACCAAGUCUCGUGUGCUUGAUAUACUGGUUUCCAUUUCGGAGUCAAAGCUGGUUAUCGACUCUGUUAUGUUGCGGCUUGUUGGAAAGAUCGAAAUUUUGAUCAAGUCAGCGUCCCAAAAUUAUGUCCGAUCAGUGUUAUUGACCUUAUGCAAGAUUUCUGACAAAUUGAAUGCCAAGGAUUCCACGAACGACAACAUGAGACGCCUAGUCCCGCGGCUCUUUUAUGUCAUUCUUGACACUGACAAAACUAAUACCGAUGAAGUGGUUCUGGAAUAUACAGGACGUGUUGCUAAAAAGAUUUUGCUGCAAACAGACACCUCUCAGCACGAGGAGAUUUUGCGCGACGCAAUCGAUUUGUUUAUUAACGGCAAGCCUACACCUCUUGUUGCCAAACAGUUAUCGAAACCGCUGGAUAUCAUCAACGGAAACCAGCUGCCUUUCAUUAUUUUCACUAAAAUUAUUUCGGCAGUCGAUAAAAAUGUGAAGUUUCCAAUUGAGAGCUCGUCUUUCCUUGAUCUACUGUUCAAGGCGAACCAUUCGACGGUGCAGUUCUCAAGAUUAUCAGUGUUGCAAUGCAUCUCGCUUGUUGUCAAUAAGUGGGUUGACGACUCCGAAUACCUGGCUGCAAUCCUGGGAGACUUUAAGAAAGCCUUGAUUGACUCUUCCAACCCCGUUAAGGAACGAGCCAACACCUUGGAGGUGCUCAUUUGGGUUGGAAAAGCUCUGAUCAUGAAACAACACGCAUGCGCUCAAGCAUACGAAGAGUAUCUUCUCUCUUUAUUUGACAGUGAAGAGCUUCACAUGUUUACGCCCAAGAUUCUCGAAAUACUGGUUGCAGACGUGGAAUGCUACCAGCAGUUUAAGAAAGCUGGCCCUUUCAAUAAGCCUACUGUUUUCAAUGUGAAUGUGCGCUUGCUCUACAAACAGAAACUUUUCAAUACAGUGCUGCCCUUACUGGUCUCCAAAUAUGAGUCCACAAAGAACCAGACGUAUUUAUUGGCAUUGUCACUCAUGCUCAAAUAUGUCGACAAGUCAAUUAUUAUUCCGCAUGUUGAGACCCUACUACCACUUGUUUUGAGGUCACUGAGCACCGAUUCCAACGUCAUUGUAACUGCAUCGUUAUCCAUCUUAACCAUAGCAGUCAACGAAUCAGACGAAUCUGUUUCUCGUCACUUAUCGACUGUCAUACCGAAUUUACUGGAAAUUGUCAACAAGCACAAGAAUGAAGCGGUGAAACGAAACGCGCUGGAAUGCUUGCUUUCACUGACAAAGUUUGAUUUGCAUCUAUUAGUUCCUUACAAACACGAUAUCAUCACGCGACUUGUCAAAGUUCUGGAUGACCCAAAGCGAUCAAUUCGCCGACUGGCCUGCGAUUGUAGACAGGCAUAUUAUGAGCUGGGAGUGCCUCGUCAAUGAUUACAGACCGUCGAAUUUCCUGAUCCCAUGCUCCUGCGUGUGUGCUUUUUGCUUCUUGGUCUCUUUUUUCAUCUGUUUUUUCCGUUUUUUAGGCGGCUCCUCGUCAGAGUCUUCCAGCUGAGCAAGAAGCUUUUCCUUGAUUUCGAUCAAAGGCACAAUGGGCCUGUCAUCGUUAGAGUCGGAGUUUUCUGAAGAUGAGUCUGAAUCUGAAUCUGAGUCUAUUUCUUCUUCAAACGACGCAGACGAAACGUCAGGCUCGUUGCCAGACCCUUCGUCAUCACCAAAACCUGUCCAUUCCUCCUCCUCCUCUGAACUGAGGUCUUCACUUUUAGCAGUCUCGUCGAUCUCUUCCUCAUCCUCCUCGUCGCUGCUUGAGUCGACAUCCCCAGUUUCCCUCCAUAUAGUUAAUCUAUCCAUGCCCGCACUUAUCAAUCUGUACUCAUGAUCCAGGUCCAAAUAUGACACCUCGUCAGUCUCACUGUGCGCUCUUUUCUCAACCACCUUUCCCGAUCUGAUGUUAACCCUCGAGACGGUUCCGUCAAACGAACCCACCCAAAAAUGAUCACCCUCGCUAUCCAGCGCAGAAAUAAGAGACUCGACAGGCUCCUUGCUGAUGCGGACUCUGGAGAUUUGGUCCGCAAAAUCGUUCAUUUCAGGCCUCCACACAGUGACCACACCUUCUCCCAUUCCACAGAGCAUGGUAUUGGGAUUAGUAGGAUCCAACCAUGCAGAACAUAAGAGCUCGUCUUCUUGGUCUUCACUUUGGUGCAGAGGUUGGUCUUUCCUGAUGUCUAUAUGCGAGAGAGUCGUGGACCCGGUAGUGACAAACUGAUAAUCAGAUUUUGGCACGUAGUGGCUUAUAGAAUUGACUGCAUCCUCGUGAACUUUUUUUAUUUGGUAUGUUUGCUUCAGUGUGUUGGAGUCAAGACAGAGAACGUCACCAUCUUCCGUUCCCACUAUCAGAAAAUUUUUAUUAGGAACAGUCAAGAUCUUGGUGAUGUUCGAAGCAAGGAUUUCUGACUUUGCGACCACCACGCCUGUUUCCGCUUUGGCUUUUUUUAUCUGCUUGUCGAGACCAGCGGAGUACACAUACUCACCAUUUGUGUCGAAUAUAAUGGAUCUGCAACUACCCUGGUGACGCUUUGUGCGCCAUCCAAUAGUGACACAGUCUGAUCCUUGAAGCUCCUUAGCUCUGACAUCGAUCUGUGCGCAUCCUUUGUCUGCAGAGUGAAAUAUGUGAUUUUCCAACUUUUCAACGUCAUAUUUCAGCAACUUGACUUGUCCAGUGCCGGAACCAACAACAAGAGCAUUUUUGCUUGGAUGUGCACUAAAGCUGAAGAGGGGAUCGGUGCCAAAGUCGAGGUUCACCAAGGGAACUGGAACUGAU